UUUUUUGGAGGUGUGAUUAACAACCCCUCUUUCGGGUGUCAAAAAGUUUUGAUUUUUCGAAGGAGGAGAAAAUGGGUAGCAACUUGCACCGACUGCUCAGAAGCUUCUGUUUGGGUACUGAUUGGAAGUAUGCCAUCUUUUGGAAGCUCAAGCACCGGGCUCGGAUGAUCCUGACAUGGGAGGAUGCUUACUAUGACAAUCCCAAUAUUUGUGACUCUUCUGGAAAUGAGAGCUGCCAGAAUACAUGGGAGCAGAUUGGCAGUGCAGAUUUUUCGCAUGAUCCUCUAGAAUUAGCUGUGGCAAAGAUGUCAUAUCAUGUAUAUUCGUUAGGGGAAGGAAUUGUUGGACAUGUAGCUGUGGCAUCUCAUCUUCUACUUCUAUAUAACCUAGACCAGUGGAUGCCUACGGAUUGA